AUGAAUUCGACAAUAUCUGAUGAUUUAUCCCGUAAACAUUUAGCAAUUGAGGCAACAAAGUGUCUUGAAAAUAUAGGCACAAAUAACGCUAGAAACGACUUGCGGGACUUCGAUUGGACUUGGCCCACGGCGCUAAAAGCUCUCAUAGAGUUGUUGAACUGUUAUCUGAUAAAUAAAAUGUCAUCUACUACACCCAAUAAUAGUAAAUGCAACUCUCAGACGAAAUUUUCUAAAUCAUUACAUGAAACAAAUAACAAUUCAAGCAAUAAAGCUUCAGAACGACAGCAGGCCAGAAAUUUUAUAACUUGGUAUAAACGCAUGAUAGAUGAAGAUAGACACAACUUGACAUUAUACAUUUCUGACGAUGCAGUACUUGAAUGGUUUGGUCGAACAAUUAAGACAAGAAAAAAAGUCACUGCUUUCUUGAAGUAUGAUAUGCAAAGUUCGAGGCAUGAUUUCAUUACAAUAGAAAGCAUAGAUAAAAUUCAAAGUAGAAAUGAAAAAUGCCCAAGAAACGAUGACACAUUAUUGGCCAGCCCCCUUCAUUCCCCAGAAAUUAUCAGUUCCAAGAACAGAAGUCGUAAACGUAGAUUACUGAGGUCAAAUUGCAAUAGUCCUGAGUGGGCUGAGGGUUGCCAGCCCCAAGAAGAAAUUAGUAUAGACAAGAAACAAAAGACUGACAACAAUGAACAUAAAAGGGAAGUAAAUACACUGAAAAGAUCAUAUUCUGAUGAGGAAAUAAGUAACAGAGGUGAUUGCUUGUAUCCUAAAGUAAAAAAGAAGUGUGCACUAAGAACCCCACCUAACUGUGAAGUGGGACAAGGAGAUUGCUUGCCAUCUACUAGUGGUACAGACUCUGAUAAAUCACAUGAUGCCCUAAAUGCUCAGCUGCCUAAAUUAGCAGUAGAAUGUAAUGGUUACAUAGAGUUUACUAGAUCUAGGAAUAGCCGUAGCAUAGAUUCUAUGAAAUGGGAUCGUAAAUGUAAAGUACAAAUUAGUUAUUCUGAAGACCCUUUGAAUGUUGGAGAGUAUAUAAUUUGGUCAUUGAGAUAUACUGAUGAUAACAAGUGUAGGAGGAAUUUGUUAGCUGCAUUUGAGGAAGUUGCUAAGGAGGAAGAGCUCAAGCAAGUUACAGAAUAA